CAGAAACAACGAAUCAUCAUUUUUUUGUCGGUUUUGUUUUCAUCGGUCAUCAUAGAUUUUAUCAAGAAUUUUGUUUUGUUUUUUUGUUAACAGAAUCGGAAACGACGAUAUUCUAAUCGAAGAUAAUCAAGGACAUAGAAUAAAUAAAAUGAAUCCUGAUAAAAAAGAAAAACAACAUCGUCAUACAAUACCGAAUUCAAAUUAUCCAUCAUUUCCAUCAUCAUUUUAUCAGGAAGAAAUUGAAUUAAAAACAACUAACCUAAUUGACGAUAAUAAUAAUAAUAUUAAAACUACCACUAAUGAUGAUGUGACAACGGCAGGCCUGGAUCAACAACAAUCCGGUAAUCAAAAUAAUGAUGGUGAUAUUGAAUUUAGUAUGCAAGAUAAAUUACAAAUGUGUUUUAGCGAAAUGCAAAAUCUAAAAGAUCAUUUUGAUAAACGAAGAAGACGAUUUCCUUCGUUGAAAAAGAAAACAAUAUCAAAUUCAACGACAAUCGAUGAUGAUGAUCAAAUCGAUUCACAACCUACGACAACAACAACAACAACGAAACAUUUUCAAUCGAAAUCAAAUCAAACGAAUCCCGAUGAUCAUGAUGAUGAUGAUGAUCAUGAUGGAUCAAAAUUUAAAGCACAUUUAAUUCGUACACGAUCUAAAGAUUCAAUCGAUAAUAAUGGUGAUGAUCGGGAAAAUGUUUCGAAAAUAUUUUCACAUAAAACUACAAUAAAUGAUCGAUCAAAAAGAUCGAUAUCUGAUCCAUUUAAUUUAGUUUCGAGAGAUGGUGUACAGACUAGAAUAUUUACCGAAUUUAAACCAACAUUUCAAUCGACAGUUGGACCAAAUCAAGAUCUAAAUAAAACAACCGUAAACAAAAUGAAACAACAACAAGGAUUUAAUGAAUGGCUUUCAAAAUUGGAAGAAAUCAAUGAUAUGUCACGUUCAACAAUCGAUCGUAUUCGACGUCUUGAAAAUGAUAUUUUUCAAUUACGUAAUACUACUGCCAAUAAUGAAAAACAAUUUGAUUCAACAUCAACAUCAACAUCAACGAAAACAUCAUCAUCGAAAAUUCCAAUUCAUCAAACUGGUGGAACAACCACCACCUAUGUACCACCGAUUGAUCGAAAUCGAAUUAGAAAAAUUAAAAAUGAUCAACAAAAUGAUAAAUCACAAAAUACCGAUAUCGAUAUGGAAUUUAUGAAUAAAUUACUUAAAUAUUGGGAAACACAUGUUGGUUAUCCAAUCGAUUCAUCGAUUAACAACAAAUCAACCACAAGUCAACAACAACAACAACAACAACAACGAAGAACUAAUAAUCAAUUAAAAGAUCCAAUACGAAGAUUAACAACAACAAUAAGUCGAUCGGUUCAAAUACAAACCGAUUCGGAUGGAAAAUCAUUUGAAGAAAAAGGUGUUACUACUGAUAAUAAUAAUCAUUUUGAUUUGAAACAACAAAUAUUUCAUCAUCAUCAUCAUCAACCGAAAUCAUCUUCUGCAUUGAAUCAUGGGGAAAAUGAUAAUUUUAAACCAAAUUUACCAAUUAUUGAAAAACCAAUGAUAGCUAAAACUAUAAAUACAUUUCAUGUUUGUUCGGAUAAUAAAACAGAUAAUAUUUUGAUUGAUCUUGAUCCAUUAUCACCAUUAUCAUCACAACAACAACAACAACCACAACCACGACAAUCAUAUCGAUCACCAGAACCUAUUGUCGAAAUGUAUUCAGAUAGUGAUGAUGAUGAUGAUGUUGUUGAAGAUGAUGAUGAUGAUGAUAAUGAAGAUGAUACAUAUUUUGAUAAUUUUGAAAAAGAUAUUUUCAAUGAAAUUAGUCGUCGAGCAAUGAUUCGUAAUAAAAUUAUAACUAGAAGUAGAUCAGCACAACAAUUAUUACCAACUAGAAUUGAAGAUACAACAAAUUUAUUGAAAAAUUCUGGUACACAAACGAAAAAUCUGAAACGUGAUAAUAAUAAUGUAAGAAUUUCCGAAACACCAUCAACAAUGGGAACAACAACAGCAACAACAACAACAAGCCAAAAACGAAUGCAAUCAACAUCGAAAAUAAUUAUUGAACGUCAAACACAAAAUAAUCAAAAAGAAAAACGUGAAAUAAUCAUACAAACUGAUAUUGAUCAUGAUGGUAAAGUUCAUCGUACAACUGAAAUACGUAAUUGUAAACAAAAGAAUAUGUUACCUAUGAUUGAUAUGAUUAAAAUUGAAAAUGAAUGUUUUCCACCAACAACAUUACCAUCAUCAUUGAUGAUGAUGACUAAUGAUGAUCGUACUACUACUAAUAAUGAUAAUAUUCCGGAUGAUGAACGACAAGAAAGACGACGACAACAGAAAAAGAAAAACGUAUCAAAUGAAAAAAUGAAUGAUAUAUUUCCACGUACACAAUCAGCAUUCGAUCUAAUGAUGACAGAUAAUAAUAAUAAUGAAAAUAUGAUUUUAGGUAAAACAGAUAAUGAUUAUUUAUCAAAUAAAGCAUUUAGUUCAUUAGAUAUAAGAUCAUUAACAAAAAGUCCAGUUAUAAGUGAAGGUUAUCAUAGUGAACGAUUAGAUUCAUCAACACAAAUACAUCAUCAUAAUCAGCGUAAUCAUCAACAUACACCAGAAUCAGAUCGACAACAAUAUAUAAUUGAACCACCAGAAUCAUAUUGUCAAACACCAGAAUAUUCAUCUAAUAAUAUGAAUAAUACUUGGAUAAUGAAUAAUGAAACAUUGAUUGAAAAUUCUGGUAAAGAAAUGAAUAUAACAACAAAAUCAAGUACAAUUCGUAAGCCAACGGAAGAAUCUAAAUCAAAAUCUCAAACACAAAUCCGUAAAUCACCGAUCAAUAUGAAUUAUAUUGAUGAUGAUGAUGAUUCUCCUAAACAACAACAACAACAAUCGCGAUCGCGAUCUGCUAAAACUACAGCGCAAACCUAUGUACCAACAGCAGCAGCAACAACAACAACAACAACAUAUCGUAAUCCUAAUGAUAAUCUAAAUGAAUGUAAAUUUUCAUUUGUUUGUAAUAAUAAUGGUACCAAUAUUGUUUUUAGAGCUGAUUUUGGCAUUUCAAAAUUACCGUUAUUUGAAACUAAUCUUUGAAUUUUUUUU